CAACACGCAUAUCUACUGCAUGCACAUUCAGGAUGGUAUGUUCAUGUCAGGCAGCGGUACCACCGAUCUAUUUUUGGAAGAAGAAAGCAAACCAGGCGAUGGUCAUACUAGACGACUGAGAGCUGUGGAGAAUGACACAGAGAAGCCAUGGCUCCUCUUUUUAAACGUUCAGGGAAACAUCAGCUUAAUUACCAUAGUGACAGAAGGUGGUGAAAAGGAAGAUCAGCUAACCUUUAGUGAUGAUACAGAAGGGUGUCAAUCGGAGCUGCUUAGUGCAGACAAAUCUACCUUUAGACGUAACAUUGAGGAUACGUCUGUUUGUUUUGGAAACAGACUAUUGAAAGCAAAUGAGGAGAUAAGAUUAAAGGUGACACGAACAAAACAUGACGGAGUCUGCGAGAUAGGAGCAAUGUCCGAGGAACAUUUCAGUCAUAUGACCUUAUCAAGAAAAGGUUUCGGAUACAAGGUAGUUUCGAAAUAUCUGACACAGCCCGUUCUACGAAAUAACGUACUACAUGAACCAACGACCAGUCAGAUUGUGGUCAGCAUUCCUAUGGUAGAGUCCGGAUUGCCAGUGUUCAUGUUUUCGGGCUGCACUCUGGAUUUAUGUACAGAUAAUCCCAGUCGAGGUCUGUCAGAGGAGACGUCUCUAAAGGAAACUAAUGAAACCACAAGCGGAGUAGGUGAACAACUACAGCAGGUACAGAAAACGCUGGCAUCUCUGGAAAGAAAAUUGAGUCAAAACGAAAACAAUGACAAUGAACAUAAAACGCAAAUUCUAGAUGUAAUGAAGGCCGCUCAACACGAAGCUAAAUUGCAAUCUACUUCUCUGUCUGAAUUGAGAGACCAGCAAUGUGAAAUGAUGACAGUAAUUAAAGGUACACGGGGAACAGUCGAAAAAACAAACGUUCACGUGAAAACGAUCAGCAGCAAGAUAAAUAAAGGGUUGAACAGAAAAAAUACGAAUCCGCGUGAUGACAGAUCGCUUGAAAUGUUGAGCAAAUACAUCAGUCCAAACUACGCUAGAAUCCAGAAUUCCCUCUGUGAAAAUGAAUUUAUGGAUUAUUUGUUACAAGACGGCGUAUUGACAGGACAACAAAACGAAGAUAUCAGAAAAAAG